AUGCGCCCCGGCAAUCCCACCAUCGUUGGUCAAGUACAUGCGUGCAAGGAUGAGAUCCUCCGAGUCCUCGAUGAAGAUGGCUUUCCGACCGGGGGCUAUCACCUGCAUUUCCGGGAUCAAGAUGUCUCCAAGCCCGAGUACCCACUCGGAGAUCGGCCACAAACAACCCUCCGCCUCAUUAGUCUCCAUGUCUCUUCCGUCCCCAGAAGGCUGGGCCCAACCAAGGACAGCAUCGCCCGCAUUCCUCGUCAAAACGGGAUUGUGGGGGUCGAGGUCGAGAUCGUUUUCUUCGACAAAUGCUUCAGGCCGUCCUUGUUUAGCAUUAUGAGCACUGACCCGGCAGUGAGGGCGUACAGCGAUGGGAGAAGGGACAUCCUUGCCCUUGUGAAAAGGAGACCUGGUCGGGAAUGGUCCAUUCUCACGCUAUUCGGAAUGGGCCUCGACAAACCGAAGAGUACGCCGACGAUUGUAAUCUUCGUGAAUCCCUUCACAGCCCAUGACUGGGAAGACCUCGCCCUGCAGAUCCGACUUCCGCUGCCAAACGAUGACCCGGUGGCGCUUAAGAUGGAGGUGGAGUUCAUCCCUGGGCGCAUUACAGCCUACAACCCCGCUGACGCGAGCAAUUCCCCGCCUGGAAAUGCAGUUUCUUUCGCUACCAGGAUGCAUGCUGACGAUGUGCCAUCGGCGGGGGCCUCCAUAGCGGUGCUCCCAGAGCGUGGUGGCGGCUCGCUCGGCCCAUUCGUGACCCUGGACCUUGGCGAGAAGCGGCAUAGAGGAGCGCUCACUUGCUACCACGCUGUCCGUCCUCCGUAUGUGGCCAGCGCUGAGCAAUUGGAAACCGCAAAUAGCCAUGGGAGUUCCCCAUUCUCGCCACAUCAAGCAGAGUAG